UUUCUCCUCAUAUGUCCACAAAACAUGGCACUUUUGCAACAAAAACUAAGCUUCUCAUGUCUACUAAUACUUUGCUUAGCCACUGUGGUUUCUUCACACAGCAGGCCUUAUACAACUCCAAGUGUCACACGCUUGACUGAUUCUUUUCCUCGUGUGCAAGUUGAUAGUGCUUUUUCUAAGACCUUUGGUGCCAAAAAUAUUCAGUUUCUUAGUAAUGGAUCCACGGCCACAUUGGCUCUUGACAAAAUCACAGGCUCUGGCUUGGUAUCACAAAGCAGAUACUCCUAUGGAUUCUUCAGUGCUGCAAUCAAAUUACCUUCUGGUUUGUCACCUGGAGUUGUUGUUGCAUUUUAUUUGUCUAAUGCAGAUAAAUUUCCUCACAACCAUGAUGAGAUAGAUAUUGAACUGCUUGGUCAUGAUAAGAGAAAUGAUUGGGUAAUUCAAACGAAUAUCUAUGCCAAUGGAAGUGUCAGCACAGGGAGAGAAGAGAAAUUCUAUUUCUGGUUCGACCCAACACAACAGUACCAUUACUACAGCAUCUUGUGGAACAGUUAUCACACAGUGUUCUUAGUGGACAAUAUUCCAGUUAGGGAAUUCAUACACAGCAACACAUACCCUUCUAUUUAUCCAUCAAAGCCAAUGUCAGUGUAUGCCACAAUAUGGGAUGGUUCACAAUGGGCUACUCAUGGAGGCAAAUACCCAGUUAACUAUAAGUAUGCACCAUUUGUUGUUUCAUUUGCACAAAUAGAAUUGAGUGGCUGCAUAUCUGACCCCACAGCCGCAGUUUCUUCAUGCUCUAAGGCCAGUCCUUCGGGCCUAGACCCAGUUAAUGGAUCAGAGUUUACUAAGCUAUCACAGCAGCAGAUAGCAGCUAUGGAUUGGGCAAGAAGGAAACUCAUGUUUUACUCUUACUGCAAUGACCGAUCCAGAUUCAAAGUCAUGCCACCAGAAUGCCAUUGAUCUAAAUUAAUUGAGAAAAAUUAAGAAAAGGGAAUUCCUGAAAAAGUAGUUAUUAAUUUAUCAUGAAGGAAACAAUAGUCAUACUUUAUAUAAAUUAAUACCACUUUUCAUCCCUUCAUGGUAAAGAUUUUUUGAGGAAUUCUCCUUUCAUAAUUUUUCUGUUAAAUAUUAAUCUUUACUUUUUUUUCUCUCAAGAGUGGGGAAUAAUAAUUAUAAUGUUGUAACAUCAAUUCUUUGGCUCAAUAAUUGCACGAAAGUGUCAGAAAGAGCACUUGAACAGAAAAUGGACAAAUUAAUAUAAUGUAUUUUAUACGUUUCUAUACCAAUUCAUGUACCGAGACAUGAAGGUGCUAAUUAGUACUCUUGUCUAGUGUGUAGUGUCUUCUUAUAGUGUUACCAUUCAACUAUACACAAGGCAUUGAAUUAAUU